GCCCCCCGCGCCCGCGCUUCUUUGUCGACCCCCCGGCGGAGGCCACGCGGGGGCGGGGGCUGCGGGGGCCCGAUCGCGCCGGGAGCCCGGCGAGAGGCUGCGUCCGCGGGCGCCGCGCCCAGGCUCGGCCCGCGCAGGGACCCCCUUCACCAUGAAGGGCUCCCGGGCCGCCAGCAGGACCCCUGACGGCACCCCGGCCGGCGUGGAGCUGAGUCUCACCGGCCUGCCGCCCCCCGUGUCCCAGCGCCCCGGCAGCGCCUGCGCGGCAGGCCCUUCACCCGGUCCGUCUCCCUGGCCACAGGCAGCAAGCCAGGAGGGGGGCGCUGGAGGCCUCCGGGCCUGGCGGCUCCGGGCCAUCAACAACCUUCGCAGAUCCAACAGCACCACGCAGGUCCCCCCGCCGUGGACCGGCUCUCCCAGGCCGGCCGAGCCCGCCGACUUCCUGGCGCUCUUGGAGGGCGGCACCUGCGAGAGGAGGGCGUGCGGCGAGCAGGGGGCCACGUGGAACGUGCUGGACGAGCAGCCCAGGGGCCUCACCUCACCAGCCCGCGGCCCGGCCUCCAGCUCCCCGUCAGGCCCGCGGAGGAGAGAAAGCGUCCUGGCUCCCAGCUUCACGGCCAACAACAGGAGCAACAAGGGGACUGUGGGCAACUGCGUCACCACCAUGGUGCACAACCGCUACAACCCCCUCGGAGAGGACGCCCCCGCCCAAGAGCUCCAACCAGACAGCCCCCUCCCUCAACAACAUCAUCAAAGCGGGCGCCAGCAGGCUGGGGAGGGCGGCAGCCUCUCAGAGCCCAGGAAGAACAACUCGAGCGGCAGCCAGGAGGCCCACCGCGCCGCCGGCCUGCUCCGGAGGAGGGAGGUGACGGAGGAGGAGGCCGAGAGGUUCAUCCUCCAGGUCAACCAGGCCGCGGUCACCAUCCAGCGCUGGUAACCCGCCACCUGGUGCAGCGGCGCCGCGCGCGUGCGGCCGGCCUGGAGCUGCUGGCGUCCAAAGCGGGAGCAGCAGCGACAGCAGCUGGACGACAGGAACUUUCUAGACCUGCACCGGCAGAAGGAGGCGGCAAGGAAGAAGGCCCGGGAGGAGAAGGCGCGCCAGGCGCGGCGUGCGGCCAUUCA